AUGCUCGUCACGGGUAUGAUCCUGGUCCCCACCGCCGUCGCCACACCCGCCGUACAGGACCUUGUCGAACUGAGGAGUGUCAUCAAUGCGGCAGCAAGUGCCAUCGGGGAUCCCAAUAAUCCCAACCGUGGCUUCGGCUUCAAUGUUUUCGGUGGUAGUGAUCAAAUGGGAACUGCAGACCUUGUCAACAACAUUACCAAUACCAUACUGAGAGAAAAGUUCCAGCUGGACACGAACAGAACGUCUUGGCUUCUGCCAGACAAUCUUGCGAAUACCUCCAUCCCCAUCAACGGCACAACAUCCACGCCUUCUACUCAACCCACGCCCACACUGCCCAUCACUGCCAGUCUGGCAUUGCCUAGUGUUUUACCCACCACGACGCCCACAGUAAACAACAUCACUGUUGACCUUACCACCCCAUACAUGGAAUACGUCCAAGCCAUACCCAACUUAAGCAGCAGUCUCACAACUCUGGGCCGAAGUUUCCACCGCGAAAUGAACAGCCCUAUCACCGAAGCUGUCACCGGCCUCCAGCAAACUCUCACGACGUUCCAAACCGCAAUGCUCGAGAGUAAUCUCAUCACCGCCCAGGCUGUUAUACGCACUAUCCGAGCGAGCAGUAGUUUGGAAAGUGCGUCGACAGCAUGGAGCCGUUUUCUCAAUCUGCCGGGCGGUGGAAGUGAUGAUGAUGAUGCGGGGUCUGCUUCGCCGUCAUCAACCUCGAACAGGCCAGGGAUCUUGGGUCGAGCGGAAGUUCAGAGGCCACCGCCUAAGGAUGGUAGGUUUUAUACGCACCUUGAAUUGUGGAAUCGCUGGGAACAAAGAAACAAGGCGUCAGCUCAGGAGAAGACUGGGCCGUAUGGCGGUGUUAUGGUGCAGGCGGAGGAAAAGCAUGCGAGUACUACCGCUGCUGAGAAGGCGAGGGUGGGCCGGCCUUUUGUUGUGUGA